AUGACAUCACAGCAAAUUAGAAAGCAAUCGGAUUUCACCAAGCUUUUGAUGGCUGGAUAUGACCUUAACUUAAACAAUGGUUCAACACAGGAUUUUAACGUUACAUUUCAUGGACCAGUAGGCACUGCAUACGAGGGUGGAGUAUGGCAAGUACAUGUGACGCUUCCUGAUGAUUACCCCUUUGCUUCCCCUUCAAUAGGCUUCGAUAAUAAGCUUCUCCAUCCCAACGUAGAUGAGGCAUCGGGCUCUGUCUGCCUUGAUGUAAUUAACGAAGCUUGGACGCCAAUCUAUUCAUUAGUCAAUGUUUUCGAUGUAUUUUUACCACAAUUGCUAACCUAUCCAAAUCCAUCAGAUCCACUCAAUUCAGAGGCUGCGUCACUUCUAAUGCGUGACAAGGUUUCAUAUGAAAAGAAGGUCAAAGAGUAUGUCAAAUUGUACGCUAGUAGGGAAGUCUGGCAACAGAAGCAGGAUAAGAUGGUCAAGGAGACAUCGGCGGAAGAUUCGGAAAUCAGUGACUUCGAGUCAAAUCCGGUCAAUUUGGACGAUUUUUAG